UUAAACUAUAUACGCAAUUACGCUCAUCAGUCAUCACUCAUGUUAUUAUUCUCUUUAAAUCAUAUUUUAUGUGAGAACUGAAAACUCGACGAAUACUAUUGAAAAGUGAAAUCAAGUCAUCGAAGACUAAACUUGUAGCCAUAUCGUUUAUUAUUUUUUCAUGGUCUCAAACAUGAGUGCUAAAAUUUAUUUCGAAAACCAGAUAAUUACACCUCUAACACCUUGCAAUAAUAUUCAUGAUCUAAAACAAACAAUUUUUAAACAAUAUGGAAUUCCUUAUAACGAUGUAUACAUAACGAUAAAUGGAAAGUUAGCCGAUCCUGGUGUGGUUCUCCACGAAUCAAACAUUGUUAGAAUAUGUACACGAUUAAUCGGAGGAAAAGGCGGAUUUGGUUCUAUGUUGAGGGCGAUUGGCGCUCAAAUCGAAAAAACAACAAAUCGUGAAGCUUGCCGUGAUCUUUCCGGUCGUCGAUUACGUGAUAUCAACGAAGAAAAGCGUCUAAGAAAGUGGCUAGAAGGUCAAGACGAAAGAGAACGAGAGGCUAUUGAAAGAAAACAGAAAAAGCUUGAGAAACUUCUUGCUGAGCCUAAGAUUGAGGUUAGUUUGAAUCCCAGUUAUGAGAAAGAGCGUCAAGAGUUACCUGAACGUGUGAGUUCAGCUGUUGAUGCAGGGUGGCAGGCAGCAGGAACCUCAGGUGAAAGAAAACGUAAAUCCGAGGAAGUACUCCAGAAGAAGAAGAAAGCUAAGUUGUGGAUUGAUGCAGAGUUAUCAGAUUGCUCAUCAUCAAGUGAAAGUGAAAGUGAAAAAGAGUCAACCAAUGAUAAAAUUGAAGCUGUGUCCACAGACACUAGUAAUAAAUCUGUGUUAAAAACAUAAAUUCUGGCAUUUUUCUUAAGAAUAUUGUAUAAAAUUUUUGACUUUUCUAAUAUAUUAAAAUCAGCACCA